UUUCCAUUCCAGACUUCUAUCCAUCCUUUCUUUCGCUACAUCGCAUUGUCGUUCGGAUAUCCCUUGAGCUUGCCGAGUGGCUCAAUGCUGACCUUACCUGACCGUCCAUCCAUCUACCUACCUUCCUCGCUACAUGUGCUAACUCGAGUGUUUGUACUCUUGCUCUUACUCGUCCCCGUUCCUGGCCUUUGUCUGAUCAUCUUUUCUCGGCUCUGUGCUCUGUCUCUUUCUUUUGAAUCGUCACCAGUCAGUCACAACCCACAACCCACAGCCCACAACCAACUAGACGGCCAGCAAACAAACAUCCCACCUGUGUGCAUUCGCGUGGUGGUUCAACUAAAUCCCCCAUCGCGCAUUCACUCGCUCCCUGCCCCUCGAAUUAAUUAUUUGUAAAAGGAAAAUUCCCAUUUUUCUUAAUCAAAUAGGAUAAGAGUGCUGGAGCCACCCCUUCAUUAAUCUAUCCUGUGCCUGUGCAGAUGAUUGGUAACUUUUAUCGUCGAUAUUUUUAACAUUCAAGAGACGAUCUUUCCAUCGAUUUUGUCCCCAAAUACAAGAAUAAUAUCAAUAUGCCGCAGAUCGAGCAAUUAGAUACAGCGGGAGUUCUCGAUGACUGGAUCAACCGUGUCGCAAAUUUACCCCACGAAAUUGCUUUCAAGCAAGAUGAGAUAGGCGAAAAGGAUAAAGCUAUGCAAGAGUGCCUCACUGUCAUCGCAAAGCACGAUGCUGCUCUUCAAAAAUGGACCAAGGCGAACGGGGCCAACCAGCCGAACCCAAAAGAACCAACUUUGAACAAGAUAAUACUCGAGAAUUAUGACAAGGCAGAGCGCCUUCAAGAUGAAAAAAUCAAGUUGUGUCAAGAUCUAGAAAGCCUAGUUGAGGGACACGUCCGACGACUGGACCAGCAAAUCAAAAUGCUACAAGACAAAGGAGAUUUUCCAAAAGAUACAGAUAUUCCUUCGCUACUUGACCCGAAACCAAUCGAUCGCUCCCGAUUAGACUCCCACGGCGGCACAAGACCACUUAGUGAAAUCAUAAACUCGGUCUCCUCCCCUCACGUACGACAUCCGAGCAAUUCUAGAAUAUCUGCCAGUGGUAACCAACUUAAUGGCGUGAUGGCGUCUUCUGCUCCAGCAACACCCGCUGCCACUCUACUUCUACAAAGGCAAACUCGGGAAUCAUCACUAGGCGCAAUCAACAAGCGACCACGACUUACUGGAGGAUUAGGUACCUUGCCAACAGCCUCUAGUGGACUUGCUCGUCAUUCAUCGAUGACCCCAGGUACUCCUCGUGGGGGUACACCAUCUGCCGUACGCGGUGGUAGUGCCGGACCAAGAAAUUCGCAGAAAAAGAAAGUGGCACCUCAGGGCAGCAGGCAAAGUGGCGCCCCACGAAAAGGUAAACCUGGAAAAUCCGGUCUGAGUAGGUUAAAGCGAGGACACAAAAACUCGCCAUCCUCUGCAAACGACAGUGAGCUUAGUGAUGCGGAAUCUGGCUCAGUCGAAGAAGAAGAGAAUAUCGGACGUCAAAGCAAGGACGCUGAUGGAGACGACGAUAUGGUAGAUGUCGAUGACGAAGAGGGUGGAGAUGACAAGAAAUACUGCAUCUGUCACAAUAUCAGUUAUGGAGACAUGGUGGCAUGCGAUAACGAAGACUGUCCUUAUGAAUGGUUUCAUUGGUCUUGUGUUGGCGUUAAGAGUGAUCCCUUGGGCACCUGGAUAUGUCCAGUAUGUACUCCUAAAAUGCCCAAGAAGGCUUAAAGGCAUUUGUUUCAUGGGGGGGAGGCGUUUUUGGGUCAUGAGAAUGGAAUCUGGGGGGCAUUGGCAAAUACAAUCAAUCUACGGAUAAAGCCAUGGGUAACUGGCGUUUAUGGUUCGAGGUAGCAGGCUAGCUCUGGGACUAAGUACCUGCUAAUGAUACUUUUCAACUACUAGUAGAUUGAUGACAAUAUAUCACUCCAGAGGGUUGUGUAUAUAUUGGCCUUCUAUUGCGUAGGGCCCUUGUAUAAAAUAUUACUGUUCAAUUUCUA